GUGCGCACGAGGGGGGCCGGCGCCUCGGGCCCCAGCCUCGACACGGCGUACAGGCACCUGUUCUCCGUGCGGCCGCUGGGCACCCAGGCCUCCCCGGAGGCCGCGCGGGCGACGCAGCAGGGCGCGCGGCUGCUGCACGAGAGCCGCUUCGACGAGGCGCUGACCGAGCUGCACACCGCGAAGCGCCUGGCGCCCGCGUGCGCGCUGGCCUACGGCAACAUCGGCGGCGCGUACCACCUCAGCGGCGACAGCAAUUCCGCCCUCGCGUGGUACCGCGAGGCCUACCGCCUGACGCCCCGCGACGCGGACUGCGCGCGGGCCUUGGCGCACCUCGAGCGGCGGAGAGGCGCCUCGGCCGAGGCGUCGCAGGUGCUGAUGCGCUUCCUGCAGGAGGUGGACGAGAACCAUGUCGAGGCCUUGUCGCAGCUGGGUCAGGUGCACCAGGAGCGCGGCGAGUGGCCCCAGGCGGCGCAGCUGUAUCGCAGGCUGGCGCAGCUGGAGCUUUUCACUCGCGGGGG